AUUAUCUGUGAGUAUACGGGCUAAAAGCGGGAGAUAAAAGAAGCGAUACACUUACAUGCUGGGAUCAUGGUAUGCGAUCCGUAUAUCUGCGACUAGACGACCCAAGGAGCUGGCUCGCGCGAGCGAUAGUAUAUCUAAGGGAGAGAAAAAAAGGGCGCCGAAAUCGCAGCCGGGGCGGGGGUGCAGUUGAAGUAGGUAGAAAAGAAACCAGCAAGUUUUCUAAGCCAAAUAAAAAUGACGUCGCAAAAAGUGAGGCAGCUAGUUAAAGAUACAAAGCUGCAGCUUCAUCAGAAAGCGGGUGAAAAAAAAAAAAAAAGAGCAAUAGGCGGCAAGAAUAUACAUGCCCAAACGGCACAGUGCUAGGUAUGCAGAUGCUCCGCCACAGGCAGGUCCGAUGUGGCUAAGAAGGCAAAAUAGAUCCGAGCUGGGUCUGCACGACCACGUCAGAGGUCGCAUGUACUUCAAAAUGGAGGCUAGGUUCGAAAAGGAAUGGUAUACUAAAACUUCCAGCUGCGGGUGUAACAAAAAGAAAAUAAUGAAAGUAGCGGUCGAGAAACGAGAGCGUGAAAGAAAUGGGAUUGUAGCGCUCUUGACUCAGGAUAGAUCUGGCUUCUGGACCUUUUUCUACAAGAGAACGUGCCUCGCGCUAAUUCCAACCCUGCUGGGGCUGCUGGCCCUAGUGGGAGAAUCAGAUCCCCAUUCGCAGGCUAACGAUCCAUCGAGAGACGACGAUGAGGGAUCCUGGCGCGAUGUGAGAGAUCGACACCGGUCUCGGAUUCGACGUUGGUGUGACGGCGAUGAUCAUUGGCGCAAGAUGUGCACAAUUUUUUCUUCACAUUAUCAAACUGCCUCAAGCGUGGUUCUCGAGGGGAAGAGGGUCAACACAGUCAAACGCUGUUGGGUGCACGGGUACGGAGAGCGACAAAACUGUGGGUAAACGGGAGAGAACCAUAUUGACCCACCUCUUCCUUCUUUUAUUUUGCAUACAAUGACUGGCGCGAGCCCAGAGGAUGCGGCAUCCCCGGCUUCGGAGCCUGUUGAAUCGUGCUAGAUGACAGGAUAAAGCCAGGCCAGUGGCGAGAGAUAGCGCAACGACGGCCUUGACAGGAAUGGCCAUAGA